AUGUCGCUGGCGGUGAAUGCCUCUUCCCCUUCUGAAUCACCUUUACGUCCAGAUCAUUGCGUCGCUUUGUUAUUUGAGAAAAAGUCACCUUCAAGUAAUUCCAUCAAGUUAGUGAAUCUAUGCUCGAUAUUUAUUAGCACAUGGCUGACAGCAGCUGGAUUUAUACAUUUGGUGGAGAACUCAGGGGAUCCAUGGGAAAACUUCCAAAAUAACCAACCACUUACCUAUUGGGAAUGUGUUUAUUUGCUAAUGGUUACUAUGUCCACUGUUGGCUACGGAGAUGUUUAUGCAAAAACAACCCUUGGUCGUCUUUUCAUGGUUUUCUUCAUCCUCGGGGGAUUGGCCAUGUUUGCCAGUUACGUCCCUGAAAUCAUAGAGUUAAUAGGAAACCGCAAGAAAUAUGGUGGUUCCUAUAGUGCGGUUAGUGGAAGAAAGCACAUUGUUGUCUGUGGCCACAUCACGUUGGAAAGUGUGUCCAAUUUCUUGAAGGACUUCCUACACAAGGACAGGGAUGAUGUCAACGUAGAAAUUGUCUUUCUGCAUAAUAUCUCCCCUAACCUUGAGUUGGAAGCUCUUUUUAAGCGACACUUUACUCAGGUGGAAUUUUUUCAGGGUUCAGUUCUCAAUCCGCAUGACUUGGCUAGAGUAAAGAGUAAUUUCUAUAAAGAACUACCACCCAAAAAUAAGAAUAAUCACUCAGAUGCUGCAGUAUCACAAUAAGGCCCAUCUGCUAAAUAUUCCAAGCUGGAAUUGGAAAGAAGGCGAUGACGCCAUAUGCCUUGCUGAACUAAAGCUGGGGUUUAUCGCCCAAAGCUGCCUGGCACCAGGCCUAUCGACUAUGUUGGCAAACCUCUUCUCCAUGAGAUCAUUUAUAAAGAUCGAAGAGGACACUUGGCAGAAAUACUACUUGGAAGGAGUAUCUAAUGAAAUGUACACAGAGUAUCUUUCUAGUGCCUUUGUUGGUCUGUCAUUCCCUGCUGUUUGUGAACUGGUCUUUGCAAAGCUAAAGCUUUUAAUGAUAGCCAUAGAAUACAAGUCGGAGAAAGGGGAAAGCAGAAUAUUGAUCAACCCUGGAAAUCAUGUGAAAAUUCAAGAGGGUACGCUAGGAUUCUUCAUUGCAAGCGACGCCAAAGAAGUGAAAAGGGCCUACUUUUAUUGCAAGGCAUGUCACGAUGACAUCACAGACCCCAAAAGGAUUAAAAAAUGUGGCUGCAAACGACUGAUCUAUUUUGAAGAUGAGCAGCUGACGACGUUGUCACCCAAAAGGAAGCAACGGAAUGGAGGCAUGAGGAAUUCGCCCAACUCUUCUCCCAAACUGAUAAGACAUGAUCCUUUAUUAAUUCCUGGCAACGAACAAGUUGACAACAUGGAUUGCAACGUGAAAAAAUAUGACUCCACAGGAAUGUUUCAUUGGUGUCCCUCAAAGGAGAUUGACAAGGUUAUUUUGACCCGAAGUGAAGCUGCUAUGACCGUCCUCAGCGGCCAUGUGGUGGUUUGUAUAUUUGGAGAUAUGACGUCGGCGCUGAUAGGCCUGAGAAAUUUUGUGAUGCCACUCCGAGCCAGCAACUUCCACUACCACGAGCUCAAACACAUCGUCUUUGUGGGCUCCCUGGAAUAUUUAAGGAGGGAAUGGGAGACCAUGCUUAACUUCCCCAAGCUCUCCAUUUUACCA